UCAGAAACUGCCAGCCGAGAACACAGGCUUUAAGGCUGAAGCAGGAGGCAGGAUGGACUGAAAGGAAAAGAGGCAGGUUAGAGGGGAAAGGCUUGGGAAGGAAACAGCAGAAAAGAAACCGCUCGCUGUGCUUACAGCAAAGCAAGGGACGGUUGGAUCGAGGAUACAGACAAGACCAUGAAAGCCAAGAAUUGCAAAUAGAGCCGAGGAGGGGAGAAAAUGUCAAGAGGAACGUCCAUCCGGAGAAAGGAAGAGAAUGAAAGUUUUAUGCUGCAGAACGGCUCGGUGUUUCUCCGGCACAAAAUUCUCUCGCUGUCUUUAAGUCCGCUCGCGUUUGCAAGCCAUUGACAUCAAGAGGCAUGCUCAGCGGUGCCGGCAGCUUCUCCUCUUCCUUCUCUUCCUCUUCUUCUUCUUCCUCCUCCUCUUCUUCCUCCUCCACGUUCUCCUCCUAUCAGAAAGAAGACAAACCUAGGACAGUCUUGAAAUAUCGAAAUUUCCUCCUUGGGAUUUGCCAGCGCCGCGUUGCGCCAAGACUGUCGGAAUAAAGGAGGCUGACUAUUGCAUUAUCGUUAUUUUAUUAAUUGGUCAGUGGGAAGAUUACAUCUGAGCAGAGGGGACAUCUGUCACCCUUCCUGCGUUAAGAUUGAAAAAUGAGGCUGGAUUUGGGGAAGCUCUAAAAUGAAGUGAAAGGAAUAAAAAUUUUAAGACAGCCACAAAAGCCCCCCUCGUAGCACACUAUUUAAUUUAUAUUUUUGAGAUUAUUAUUGUUUUGGUGGUGGGGGAGGCAUUCGGGUGACUGGCUGGCUACGGGGGAGCGGCUUCCUUUCCUUUUGGAGAUGAUUGUGCUGCUAUUCUUUGCCUUGCUCUGGAUGGUGGACGGAGUCUUUUCCCAGCUUCAUUAUACAGUGCAGGAGGAGCAGGAACAUGGCACUUUCGUGGGGAAUAUCGCUGAAGAUCUGGGCUUGGACAUUACAAAACUUUCGGCUCGCAGGUUUCAGACUGUGGCCAACUCACGGACCCCUUACUUGGACCUCAAUCUGGAGACCGGGGUUCUGUACGUAAACGAAAAGAUCGACCGCGAGCAGAUCUGCAAGCAGAGUCCCUCCUGCGUCCUGCACCUGGAGGUCUUCCUGGAGAAUCCGCUGGAGCUGUUCCGAGUGGAGAUUGAAGUGCUGGACAUCAAUGACAACCCUCCCUCCUUCCCCGAGCCGGACCUGACAGUGGAGAUCUCAGAGAGCGCCACGCCAGGCACCCGCUUUCCCUUGGAGAGCGCCUUCGACCCAGACGUGGGGACCAACUCAUUGCGAGACUAUGAGAUAACCCCGAAUAGUUACUUCUCGCUAGACGUGCAGACCCAGGGAGAUGGCAACCGAUUCGCCGAGCUGGUGCUGGAGAAGCCACUGGACCGAGAACAGCAAGCGGUGCACCGCUACGUGCUGACCGCGGUGGACGGGGGAGGAGGGGGAGGAGGAGGGGAAGGAGGGGGAGGCGGUGGGGGAGUCGGCCUGCCCCCCCAACAGCAGCGCACUGGCACGGCCUUGCUCACCAUCCGAGUGCUCGACUCCAACGACAAUGUGCCCGCGUUCGACCAACCCGUCUACACUGUUUCCCUACCAGAGAAUUCACCCCCUGGCACCCUAGUGAUCCAGCUCAAUGCCACCGACCCCGAUGAAGGCCAGAACGGCGAGGUCGUGUACUCAUUUAGCAGUCACAUUUCUCCCAGGGCUCGAGAGCUCUUCGGACUGUCGCCUCGCACCGGCCGGCUGGAGGUGAGCGGCGAGCUGGACUAUGAAGAGAGCCCAGUGUACCAGGUGUAUGUCCAAGCCAAGGACUUGGGUCCCAACGCUGUGCCUGCACACUGUAAGGUGCUGGUCAGAGUACUGGAUGCCAACGACAACGCACCAGAAAUCAGCUUCAGCACCGUGAAAGAGGCGGUGAGCGAGGGUGCGGCCCCUGGCACGGUGGUGGCUCUGUUCAGCGUGACCGAUCGGGACUCAGAGGAGAAUGGGCAGGUGCAGUGCGAGCUGCUGGGAGACGUGCCGUUCCGCCUCAAGUCUUCCUUCAAGAAUUACUACACCAUCGUCACCGAAGCCCCAUUGGACAGAGAGGCUGGGGACUCCUACACCCUGACAGUCGUGGCCCGCGACCGGGGCGAACCUGCACUCUCCACCAGUAAGUCCAUCCAGGUUCAAGUGUCGGAUGUGAACGACAACGCGCCGCGCUUCAGCCAGCCGGUCUACGACGUGUAUGUGACAGAAAACAACGUGCCGGGUGCCUACAUUUACGCGGUGAGCGCCACGGACCGCGACGAAGGGGCCAAUGCCAAAUUAACCUAUUCUAUCCUCGAGUGCCAGAUCCAGGGCAUGAGCGUCUUCACCUACGUGUCCAUCAACUCGGACAACGGCUACUUAUAUGCCCUGAGAUCCUUCGACUAUGAGCAGAUCAAGGACUUCAGCUUUCAAGUGGAAGCCCGGGACGCCGGCAGCCCUCAGGCGCUGGCAGGCAACGCCACAGUCAACAUCCUGAUUGUAGAUCAGAACGACAACGCCCCCGCCAUCGUGGCACCCCUCCCGGGGCGCAACGGGACUCCAGCCCGCGAGGUGCUGCCCCGCUCUGCCGAGCCGGGGUACCUGCUUACUCGCGUAGCCGCAGUGGACGCGGACGACGGCGAGAACGCUAGGCUCACCUACAGCAUCGUGCGGGGCAAUGAAAUGAACCUAUUCCGCCUGGACUGGCGCACCGGAGAGCUCCGCACUGCGCGCAGGGUCCCAGCCAAGCGCGACCCCCAGCGGCCUUACGAGCUGGUGAUUGAGGUGCGCGACCAUGGGCAACCACCCCUGUCCUCCACAGCCACCCUGGUUGUUCAGCUGGUGGAUGGAGCCGUGGAGCCCCAGGGCGGGGGUGGGGGCGGAGGCGGAGGGCCCGGGGAGCACCAGCGCACCAGCCGCUCUGGCGGCGGGGAAACUUCACUGGACCUCACACUGAUCCUCAUCAUAGCCCUGGGCUCAGUGUCCUUCAUUUUCCUGCUGGCCAUGAUCGUGUUAGCCGUGCGCUGUCAAAAGGAGAAAAAACUCAACAUCUACACCUGUCUAGCGAGUGAUUGCUGCCUCUGCUGCUGCUGCUGUGGCAGCGGGGGCUCCACCUGCUGCGGCCGCCAAGCCAGGGCGCGCAAGAAGAAACUCAGCAAGUCAGACAUCAUGUUGGUGCAGAGCGCCAAUGUCCCCAGCAACCCGGCCCAGGUGCCCGUGGAGGAGUCCGGGAGCUUUGGUUCCCAUCACCACAACCAGAACUAUUGCUAUCAGGUCUGCCUCACCCCGGAGUCCGCCAAGACCGACCUGAUGUUCCUGAAGCCCUGCAGCCCUUCCCGGAGUACAGAUGCUGAGCACAACCCCUGCGGAGCCAUCGUCACCGGGUACAGCGACCAACAACCAGACAUCAUUUCCAACGGAAGCAUUUUGUCCAACGAGAAUAAACACCAGAGAGCAGAGCUCAGCUAUCUAGUUGACAGACCUCGCCGAGUUAACAGUUCUGCAUUCCAGGAAGCGGACAUAGUAAGCUCUAAAGACAGUGGCCACGGAGACAGUGAACAGGGAGACAGUGAUCAUGACGUCACCAAUCGUGGCCAGUCAGCUGGUAUGGAUCUCUUCUCCAACUGCACCGAGGAAUGUAAAGCGCUGGGCCACUCCGACCGAUGCUGGAUGCCUUCAUUUGUCCCUUCUGAUGGACGUCAGGCUGCAGAUUACCGCAGCAACCUGCACGUUCCCGGCAUGGACUCAGUUCCAGACACCGAGGUCUUUGAACCUCCCGAAGCCCAGCCUGGAGCAGAGAGGUCCUUCUCCACCUUCGGCAAAGAGAAGGCCCUGCAUGGCACCCUGGAGAGGAAGGAGCUGGACGGAUUGCUGUCUAGUACACGAGCGCCUUACAAACCACCAUAUUUGAAAAUGCUGUGGAUGCAGCUGCGUGGAGAGGCUCAUUUGACGAAAGAUGGAGGCAAGCAAACAACCACAUGACUGAUCUCAGAAGUCGCAUCUCAACUUCAGCAUUCAGAUAAGACUGCUCCCCAGCAGACAGCGUGACCAAAAAUCUCCCGAGAGACUUCAGCCCGGCACUAACUGAGCUGCACUAAUUCCAAACCACACAAACCGUGAGAUAAACGCGGGAGGAUUACGCUGCUUUCUUCCUGGGAGUCUUGUUUAGCAACAAUAGAUAGCUAAUACAAUAGAUAAUUGAGAAACUCAUUGUCUGUUACAGUAAUAUAAGCAUUGACUUUUCUGGUGUCAUAAGGCUAUUUUUCCGAACAACAUAUAUAGUGUGUACUUGCCCUUUCUUUGCUUUGCUCUUCAAUUUUCACUUCUACUUUAUUCCUCAUCACUUCACUCACACACAUCACACACACACACACACACACACACACACACACACAAAAUCACCACUAUUUUCUGGAUUAAUAUAUCGGCUUAAAAAUAUAAAGUGUUCUCGUCAAAUGAAAUAUGCAUUAACUUUGGUGACUUUCAGUUGUGAGAAUUACUUCUAAUUUUCUUCUUUGAAAGCAUUUGCUUUUUCAUAAAACCCUCUGUAGGACAUAUAGCCUUUUAUAUGCAGAUUGGCAUAAUUACACUUUGAAAUAUCUUUGAAUUCCCUGUAGCUUAAGCUGAGAACAUGAAAGGCCAAAUGUUAUAUCGAACUGAAGGAUAUAAAAGUGCGCGUACAUCAAUCCAAAAUGAGAUAUAGAAAUGAGCAGCGCUACACAGCACAACCCGUUCCUGGCAGAUUAUUGAAGAAUUUGUAACGACAGGCACUGUUAUCCCAGGCAGGAUUCUCCUGCCUAAGAAGGGCCUAAUUCGUUCAUAACUGUUAUCCUUUUAGUACGAAAUAAAAUGCCUGUGAAGCCAAACAAGAAACCUAGUGUAACAAAAGCUCUCCCACUUUUCAAGGACAAUGGCGCCUGACUUCCAUUGCAGAGGAGAGUGUUAUGAGGGUAGAAAUAUCUACCCAAUCUGAUAGGCCAGAGAUGGCAAACAUCACACUUCGGCAACUUAAUAGAAAUCCCACAUGGUAUCAAUGAAACAGUCCAGAUCCCUUCCACACAGUUCUCUUCCAUAAGAAAGCAAGUUCCCAGAACCAGUAGAGGCAUGCCCAGAGUAUUUAAAAAGGAUUGGGCUGGAGAGAUGCCUUAGCAAGUUACAUUACUUACUGCCAUUGUAAAUUAAUGGGAAUGCAUUCUCAGUGGAUACAUGGAGCUUUACAACUUUCCAGAAUUCAAAGUCUAGUGGAUCACAUUUCCACCUCUUGCAUUCCUAGUCAACAGGUAUUCACACAGGGCACAUACAUACAUGCAGACAAAAUACACAUACAGAGAAAUUUAAAGAAAAUGUUGUUUUUUUUUUUAGAAUAGUAUCUGAAAUACUUUCAUUCAUUUUCUUUUCUCCCAAUAAUGGGUAAGUAAAAGAAUUCAGUGUGUCUGUGUAAAGUCAAAGCUUGUCACAAAUCCUUAACUUAUUAAGAACAGAUACCAUGAAACUAACUUUUUUUAAAGAGUAUGUUCUGCUAACUUUUAAUAUUCUAUAAUUAUCCUGACUGCUUUCAGUUAAAUAGCUCUCAUAAUUAGUUUUUGGAAUUAGUUAUACAUAAAGAAUCUUUUUUUAUAUAUAAAGGGCAUGCCUUCUCAUAAAAUUAUAUUCCUUAUAAAUGAUUGAAAAAAUUCAUCUACACUGGUUACCAAGAAUAACAACAAAAAGUUUUAAAAUUCAAGACAAAAUGAUAUAAAUUCUAGUAUAUUCAGAAUGGAGCAAUACUACCACUUACACUUGACAUCAAAGGAAAAGGGGUAACAAUUUUGAAUGAAAAAUACUGAGGAAGCAAUGGCAAUUCACAGAGAACUGAGGAGGCAAUGGAUUGCAAUAGUUAUGCAUUCCAUCUAGGUUAAGGAUUUUUCCCAUUUUUGGCAUCUUGUAAAACCUACCACUUAUUAAUCUUCAAAAUAUGUAUGGACGGAAAUGAUGAUAAUUCAAGUAGUAUUUUAGGAAAACAAAAUUGUCAGUUUGCUCUGAAACUGUCAUCUUUAAAACACAACAAUCUGAAAUGUCUUUUUUCUGGGAUAAAUGACAAAAUUUUGAAAAUUUGAAUGUUUCAGACAUGCAGUAACAAAUUAGUGCAUAAAAGGAAUUAGAACCAUCCUUCAAAACUAGCUGAACAAGUAGGAAAUAGAUGACCUUAUAUGAUGCUAAGAUUUCUGGAUCACUACUUGUACAGCUUGAAAACCAUAUAACAUUCCUAAAGUUUUAUGGUCAAUUCAGAGUCUCAGAUCUAAAUUUGAUCAUAUAUAGAAUUCAUUAUGGGAUGAAGUUUCACAAAACAAUCUCUAUUGCUUAGGUAGAGAAUUGUUUUAUGUUCUGUGAUUGCACUCUACCCUGAACUCAACUAGGUUCCUUGCUCAGGAGAGAAAAAUCUCUAAAAAAAAAAAAACAUGCAAACCACUUAGUGACCCAAUACAGUGUUUAUAGUAUUAUCUGAUGAAGAUUCCUUACAUUUAGAUAUUCUUCUGAUAUGUGUAAUGUAUGAUGUCAUUUUGUUAAAAUAUGAUAAAAUCCAAAACCUCUACCAUGUGUUUUUGUGUGACUCAAUAGUAUAGCACAAACCAGGCAAAGAAUGCCAGGAUGGUCUUUAAAACAAACUACAAAUAAUUAAGAGGUUAUUGAGAAAGCAAGUGCUUACAGAGUUGUCUGAGUAGUUCAUUUGCAAAACAGUGUGCCCUUUGUCACAUCACUUACAUGAAAGGGAUCACACUCACACAUCAACACAAGACAAACUGAUAUAUGUAAACUUAUUACUUAAGGAUAAGGCUAGUGAAUGGUAGAACUUGGAAGUGACCUAUAACCUGUGUGCAACUGUUGUCAUUCUCUCAGUGUAUAGAAGAUGGAAUGGAGCACUUCCCUAUGUAAUGCUUCACUGUAAUGGACCAAAAUAGUUUCUGAAUUUUAAAGAGAAAUUGUUUUAGAGGCAUAAAUCUCUACACUAUGACUGUGUGAUUUAUUUAUAACUAAUGAUACAACCAACAAGAAUGAUGAGAAGAGUUUAGUGGUUAAAUUUAAUUUAAGCCUUUAUUAGAUACAUAAAGACAUCACGUUCUUCUGUAUUGAUCACCUUUAUUAUUAUUACCAAAAGAUAGGAAUUUAAUAGCUAAUGUUUUUUUUAAUGAAUAGAAAUAAUCUUAGCAGGAAAGGAAAGAGAAGCUCAUGGACUCAGGAAGUUCAUGAAUCUCACAAGGAUAAAAAGCUCAGAAAGUGACAAAAUUCACAAGGUUACUUCUAAAGGAUAGGAAAUCUCUAAACAAUUGCUAGGAGAGAAAACUCUCUGAAGUGUUCGGCUGCUAACUGGGUAGGAAGCGCCAGGAGUACAGCCUUAUUGUUCACCUGCUGUCUUGGGCACUUUCAUGAUGCACAGCCUUGGAAUUAUCCAUGUUCUUGUAAGUAACGCCAAUAAAUGCAUUGGUUUACUAAAAUAUACUUGAGUGGAACAGCUUCUUUGAACAGUAUUCAGUGCCCUAUGUAUAGUGAAUAAAUAUUUCUUUAUUCCUUCCCAGGAAGAGUCAGUAGUACAAUGCAUGGGGAAAGAAUGAAAGUAGGACAUUUCCUGGUUUAAACCCCACAGCGUUGUUGCCAAAGCAUCGCCUUCACUAACUAGUUGGGAGUCAGUGAAAAGGAAAAUAUAGGGAAUUUCAUUUUCAAAAGGACGUUAUAUGUUGUAUCAGUUUCUGAAAGAUUUAAAAUUCUUUAUUUUGUUAACAGUCUCUUGAGAGUCUUUCAAUUAAUAAAUAAUUAAAUAAGACUCAGUCUUAUUUAACAGUAUUUUAGCUUCAUAUUCCAAACCACUGACCAUAGAAAUGUUUUUGUACAAAAUUAGCAUCCCUAAAUGAGAGUUAUGGAGGACAUAUUUUGGGAAAUGUUGAUUCCAUUUACUUCUCAGAAAUAGAAAAUUGGGCUGUGAGGAUGUGGCUUAAACUCAUGUGACAAAAUGACAGCCAAAAUGCAAGAAAGCAGAAAAGUUGAUGCACAUCGGACACAGGAUAUAGAGUUGUAUUUGGUUGGGGUAAGGCCUUUAUUGCAGUUAUUUUUUAUUGAAAAAAUUCAUACAAUAUAUUUUGAUCAUUUUACAUGCCCCUGUUCUUCCCAUAUCUUCCUACUUCCAUAAGCAUCAAUUUUAUGUUCUUUUUCUCUAAGUUAUGAUAACUUUAUAAAGCAAAUUGUGGGUCUGGGAUGUUGGCUCACUGAACAAAAUUCUUGCUCUGUAAGUCUGAGAAUCAGAGUUUUGAUAUCCAUAAUCCACAUCCAAAGCUAGGUUUGUGUGGUAACCACUAGUCAUUCUAGUGCUUGGAAGGUACAUACAGGGAAUCCCUGGGGUAAACUGGCUAGCUAGCCUACCUAGAUUGGCAGGUCCUGAGUUCAGCAACACACUAUGCUGCAAAAAGUAGAGUGGAGAACUAUCAAAAAGGGCACCAAGCCAGGAGUGAUGGCACACACUUUUAAUACCAGCACUCUGAGUUAUAGACAGGUGUAUUUCUGGGAGUUUGAGACCAGCCUGGUCUACAUACUGGAUUCCAGGACGACCAGGGCCAUGUAGAGACCCUGUCUUAUAAACAGAGAAACAAACAGGGUACUUAAGGUCAACCUCAGGCCUCCUUCUGCUUGCUCACAUGUGCUUAUGUAUCUACUAAUUCACAGAUGAACACACACACACACACACACACAAUACACACCAAGCAUACAUACACAAACAUACAACUAGAAGUAAAUAACUGUGCUCUGACUUUGUUCUCUCUCUCUCUCUCUCUCUCUCUCUCUGUCUCCUUUCCUUCCUUUCUUUUUUCCAUCUUGCUUAUUUAUUCCUUUAUUUUUAAUAAUUUAUGUCUAAUACUGAAUUCCCCUCAUUGACUUAUUUAUUCAUUGACACAAUUCAUGGAUUAUGACAUAUGAAACUCAUACUGCAUUUGACAUACUACAAAUAGAUGAUGUUAACUCUUAUUUUUCUACAAUGUGUGUUAAAUAUGCCUAAAAGAAUUAUAUAGGAGAUGAGAAGAAUCAUCACAAGGAUCAUCAGUUCUCUCUGUUUUCUGAGAUUUGUAAACACUGCUUUAGUGUUGUUUUUUUUUGCUGUUAUUAGCAAAAAAGACAUAAUCUCUUUGAAGCAUCACUUAAUAAAAUACAGACAUUGGAUCAGC